AUGGAACGUGUUGUCUGUUGCGUGUUCCAGAGUUCCAGAAUGCUGUGUUCCAGGGGCAUGUUCCAGCAGUGGAGUCUAGCGGUGUUCCUGCUGUGCUCCCCUGUCCCUCUCUAUGGGAGACCCAUCCAUGCUCUCACUAACAGAAUGUAAGUCUCUGUUUUUCAAUAGUUUACAAACUGUAGAUUCUUUCCAUUUCACUGUCUAUUCAUUAUCAUAUUACCUCCUUUUUGAAUAUUAAAUGGUACAAGAAAAGGUAAUGGCAGUAAAUUAAUCAAUGACAACUUUUAAACCAAUCACUGGAAUCACUUUUAAGUUUGAUGUAUCACAUGACUGCUUUAUUCCAUCCGUUGUUUGUUGAUUUGAGAAAAGAGGUGUAGAUAUGCGGACAAGAAUAGAUCUACUGUAUGUUCAGUGGUCUGAGUGUAGAAAAAGAUGACAGAAGAACAUCAAAUGACAUACAUUUACAUUUUAUAUUUUAGUCAUUUAGCAGACGCUCUUAUCCAGAGCAACUUACAGUUAGUGAGUGCAUACAUUUUCAUACUGGCCGACAUACUAAAUUUGUAUUUUUAUUCAAUACAUUAUAUUAUAUACUUUAUGGAAUAUAUUUGAUGGAAUAUAAUAUGUUUAUGGAAUAUAUUUGAUGGAAUAUAAUAUGUUUAUGGAAUAUAUUUGAUGGAAUAUAAUAUGUUUCUGGAAUUUUUUAAAUAAUUGGUCAAUCGUCUAUAUUUUAGACCUGCAUGUACAGUAUUUGAGUUGUCUCAUGUGAAAACAAAAGUUAUCAUGAAUUCACGCCUACAUGAAUCCUAACUCCCUGCGUUAAAGUUUGGAUUGACAUUUUGGUGGUGCGGGUGACAUGUUUUUGGUGUUAAAUAUAUGCGUCAUAGCAUGUUAUGGUCCUUUCUCACAUUAUAGUGUUCACAUAGAACAGCUUCCAGCUUCCACUGUCUUGUUUAUGCUACCCACCUAUUAAAGGUCUACUGGAACAUGACCUUGGCUGUCAUUCAACAGUCAACGCCUCACAAGUAGGUCGUUCAGAGGCACUGUACUGUACUGUAGGUAGGUACCACUGUACACAAGACAGCUGUAAGAGAAAGUGAUAGGUUGAUAGGUAGGGUUGUAAAUACAAUCUCUGCGAAGAUUCAGUGUCUCCUACUGAGACUCAAUUUGUCAGCUCUCUCUGGUGCUCCUGAAGGGGUGUUGCAAAGAGACCAACUCCAUUUAAUUUGACUUAAUUGAAAUGGAGCUGUCCCCAACCUGAGAUUAUUUUCCUUUGCCAUCUACUCUUACAAAGAGAGUGAGUCCAGUUUAAACAAUCUCCUUCUCCCCUCUCCAUUCAGGAGGAGGUCAGUGAGCCACGCCCAGCUGAUGCACGACAAGGGCCGUUCCCUGCAUGAGUUCAAGAGACGCCAGUGGAUCCAGCAACUACUAGACCAAGUCCACACGUCCGACAGCGAGCGAGCCCCACCUCCCCAGAGCAGGAGCAACGCCAAUGGGGGCAACGCCAAUGGGGGCCACAGCACCUUCAGCGGGAGCUCUCUAUCCUCCCCAAAACCCUCUGGAGGGACCAAGAACCUCCCCCUGAGCUUCCGGCUGGGAGGGGAGGGGGGCAACCUCCCCCAGGAGACCAACAAAUCUCUGGCCUACAAACACCAACCGCUGAAGGUGGUCACCAAGAGGAAAAAGAAGGUGAAGGGAGAGAGAGGGAGACGGAAGGAGAGUGAGAAGAGGAGGCGGAGGGCUCGCUCUGUAGUCACAAGUCUUACGACACAAAGAGAGGAGUCACAGAGGACACAAGACACUGGGUGA